AUGGGGGCGCUUGUGCUGUCCACCGCCGACCCCGUCGCCAAGGCGCGGCUCACCCACGCCGCCUUCUCCCGGUGGGCCGCCGGGCUCCCCGUCGGACAGGCAACGGCCCCCGACCACCCCGCUAGGCCCGAUAAGCCCCUCGUGGUUGAGGCGUUUCGUCGAGCAGGAGGUGGGUGGUGGAUGAUUGGGCGUUGCUGCUCACCUGUGCACAAGGAGAUGGGGGUGCCACUCAACGCGUACAUGCUGCACAACCUGGCGCACGUCGAGCUCAACGCCAUCGACCUCGCCUGGGACACCGUCGUGCGGUUCGCGCCGCUCAGGGAUACCCUGGGGGACGGGUUCUUCGCCGAUUUCGCGCGUGUGGCGGAUGACGAGAGCCGACAUUUUCGGUGGUACUCGCAGCGGCUCGCCGAGCUCGGGUUCAGUUAUGGUGAUAUGCCUGUUCACAAUCUUCUGUGGAGGGAGUGUGCAAAGUCCUCAAGUGACGUUUCUGCACGAUUGGCAGUGAUUCCUUUGGUCCAGGAAGCCAGAGGCCUUGAUGCUGGACCAAGAUUAGUGCAAAGGUUAUUUGGUUUUGGGGACCAUCGAUCUGCAGACAUUGUGGCACGAGUAGCAGAGGAAGAGCUUGCACAUGUUUCUGUAGGUUUGUAUUGGUUUCUCAAAGUAUGCCAAAUGAUGGGUCGUGAACCGGGUGAUACUUUUAAAGACUUGAUAAAGGAGUACGGCGUUGUACUGAAGGGUCCAUUCAACUAUCUGGUUCGCGAUGAAGCUGGUAUACCCCGUGAAUGGUAUGACGAGAAGUUCAAACAAGAAGCUGCACAAAAACUUUCAGAGGUCCAUGACAGACUAGCUUGUAUUGUUGAGAUGGAGAAAGAGAAUGCAAGUUUGAAUGGCUAA